GCGGCAGAAGGAUAUGGCAGGUCCCAAAGAUAUGGCAGUAAUUGAGAGUGGUAGAACCCUCAGAGACCACCAUGAGGUGGACGAGGCGGAGGUCAUGAAAAAGCUGAAUAGAAACCUUCUGCCGCUGUUCUUUCUGACGACCGUGCUCUGCUACGUUGACCGCACGAAUCUAGCAUUUGCCGCUUUACAGCUCAACAAAUCCCUUGGGUUCACAGAGAAGGUCUAUGGGCUUGGCUCGGGGAUCUUCUUCAUAGGCUACUCUCUAUUUCAGGUUCCCAGCAACAUGAUACUUGUCAGGGUUGGAGCGCCGAUCUGGUUGUCAGUAAUAGUGAUCUCAUGGGGGUUUGUGGCCACCUUGUUUGCGGGCCUGAAGACCGCAAAUGAGUUCUACAUCCUUAGAUUCCUGCUCGGUGUGGCAGAAUGUGGAACUUUCCCAGGGAUGUGGUACUAUUUGUCCACAUUCUACUCUGAGAAGGACAUUGGAAUGGCAUACUCAUGGGUCAUCACAGGGACAGCAUUGUCACAGGUGAUCGGCUCACCCAUUGCAGCGGGUCUGCUGGCAUUGGAUGGCGUGCUCGGGCUGAAGGGGUGGCAGUGGCUUUUUGUGGUGGAGGGGCUACCCACUAUUCUGCUGGGUUUCUACAUCAGCCGAAACGUAUGUGACGGCCCAGCGAACGCCAAAUUCCUGACACCGCAGGAGCGCGAUUGGCUCGUUCAGCGCAAUGCUGCGCUCAACGCGGCAAAGACCGGCGUGGAGUCAAAGUACUGGGAUUCGGUGUUUGAUCUGCGCACAUACCACGUGGCAGCCAUCUCCUUCCUGGAGGGCACCGUGAAGAAUGCCCUCCUGUACUGGUGCCCUUUGAUCAUCUACAGUCUGGUGGGAGCCAGGUCCUCAAAAGUUGCAAGGGAGCUGUCAGAGGUGGUGCUGCCUCCUCCAGAGGCGGAAGGGAACGCUGCGCUGGUCGCCCUGCUGACAGCGCUGCCCUUUGGCCUGGCCGCUGGCUGGAUGCUGCUCCUUGCCAAGAGCUCCCAGCGCACAGGGGAGCGUCGGCUGCACUCGGCCAUCCCCUUCCUGGUGGGUGCUGCUGCGCUGACAUCCAUGGCAUUCUUCAUGGACAGCGACCCUUCCGCCGCUUUUGUCUCCCUUUUGGGCGCCACCAUUGUCUGGGGCCCUGCAGGCGUCGUCUACAGCCUGCCCGCAACCUUCCUGCAGGGACCUGCAGCGGCGACUGGGAUUGCUCUGAUCAAUUCCCUAGCAAAUGUUGGGGGACUUCUAGGUCCUUCCAUCACUGGUCAUUUGAAAGCAGAGACGGGCAGUUAUGAGUCUGCUGUGAUGUUCAUGGCGUGCGUCAUGCUGGCAGCUAGUUUGUUGGUGGCAGUGUUCCCUGUUCCCCAGGCUGCCGGCAGCAGUUCACGGUCUACUGGCACUGGCAAAAAACUGCUGGAGUUUCUGCGUCUAGUGCCCUCUGAAGGCCAUGACAUUGAGCAUGCUGACAAAGCAGCAUCAAAGUCUAGCAGCUGCUGAUGUGUUCCAAACUGUGCUCUGCUAUUUGGGAGGCCAUUGGGAUGCAUUGAUUCAGUUUUGCUCUACAUAUUAUGUAGAGCAAACCUGGGUAAUAAACGGCACGCUAAUCAGGGUACACAGCUGUUUAAAACCCUGCUUUGUGCGCACCCCAAUGAUUCAUUACAAGGCUCUGUAUGAAUAGAUGGCUUUACU